AUGUAUUUAGAUAAUUUAGAUAACGAUAUCAAGUUGAAUACACCACGUUCUUUCGAUGGAAGGAAAGAUAUCUAUGAAAUAUCAGAUUUUCUAGCUACAGUUCACAUCCAGAUUGCCACUAGGAACAUUGAAAAUGAAGCUACGAAGAUCGCAACGCUUGGACGUUCCUUGACAGGACCUGCUGCACGUUGGUUUGUCUCGUAUGGUACGAAUAAUGGCUUUGAAGGCCUUACCUAUGACAACUUUGUAGUGGAUUUCAAGAACCAUUUUCAAGGCGCAGCUGACUCGUUCUACCUCGUACAGAAGAUUCGAGAGUUACGCAUGACCCGCCAGGUACCAAUUGAAGAGUAUAGCGACCGUUACUUUCGAUUGGUGGAUUUGCUACCUGAUGCGUAUUGGUCCGAAAAUGCCAAAAUCGAUCAGUACUUAUAUGGUUUACCACCGAAUGUCGUACAAUAUGUACGAGUGGUCAAACCCGACUCGUUGCAGGAAGCGAUGGAGACGGCUUGGAAGCAUGUGAUGAUCAACAUGAAGUCGUAUAAGGAACCGUUUCCUGAUCUCAAUAGCCGAUGGCACGUAAAACCAUGUCUAGAUCAGAUUGUCUUAGGUUGGGUUUGUGCUUUAGAUGCAAGAAAGGCGGACAUAGCUCCAAGGAAUGUUCCCAGAAGAACUACUGAGAGUAUGAAUAGUUAUAGUGAAUAUAAGUAUAAAAAACAUAAAAAUAGAAAAAAAGAGAAAAAUGAGAAAAAAGAGAAAAAAGAGGAAAAAACAGAAAAAAAGAAAAAAAAGUGUCCAGAAGUAUCUGUGAGUGAUGAUAAACGCGAAUUUGUAAAGUUACCGAAAUUCGAAAUUUAUCCGUUAAUUGAAAAGAAACCAUUGGUUGGUUGUAAAAGAGAAGUUAAGGGUGUAGUAAAUAAUAAAGAAAUGCUAGUAUUGUUAGACACUGGUUCACCGACUACAUUUGUGAAUCGUUCAGUGGUCUCAGAGUUGAAAUUAGAAACGUAUUCAGCUCCGCCGUUCACUUUUUAUGGCGCUGUCUCCGCUGAAACAGCCACAUCAAGUGUUGCGACUAGUAUUGUUAUGUCGAUUGAAAAUAUAAAGUAUAAGUUUGAUGCUUACGUUACUGCUGCCGUCUCGCAGAAGAUUAUUAUUGGUGACCCUGUUUUAAGGUCUUACCCGAAGUUACUACACCUGGGAGAAACUGUCGAACCCGAAAAUGUAUUGGUUCCGUAUGACAGUAUAUUACCUAUUGAUUACGUAGAUAAUCCGUCUAGGUAUUUUAAAGAAGAAGAUGAAAUAUUUGUUAUUUCCGUUAGUGAAUCUCCGAAAAAGGAUUGUAACACGUUUGAACUGUUGCCGAAAUCCUUGAGAUUGAAGUACAAGAGUACUGUAUCCAAUGAAUUGUGUCCCUCGAAAAUACAGGAUAGGAAGGUUGAACAUGAGAUUGUUCUGGCGCCUGAUGGUAGACUUCCUCGAAUAAGUCCGUAUAGGUUGACACCGAAAAAUGAAAGUAUUGUUAACGACUUGAUUAAUGACUUGUUAGAAAAGAACUUCAUCACACCGUCAAAAUCCCCGUGUAGCUCGCCAAUUGUAUUGGUUAAGAAGAAAGAUAAUAGCUACAGGAUGUGUGUUGAUUACAGAAAGUUGAAUGCGAUCACCGUCAAAGAUCCAUUCCCGUUACCCCGUAUAGAUAGCUUGUUGAGUAGAAUUGGUAAAGCUACCAUAUUCUCGACGUUAGACUUGCACUCAGGUUAUCAUCAAAUACCGGUUAGAUCCGAAGACCAAUAUAAGACCGCGUUUGUGACACCCACUGCAAAAUAUGAAUAUAAAGUGAUGCCAUUCGGUCUGGUGAACGCUCCGAGCACAUUUGCACGUUAUAUGGCUGAGUUGUUCCGUGAUCUAGUAUUUGUUGGUGUCUAUUUAGAUGACAUUCUAGUGUUCUCAAAGUCAAAAGAAGAACAUCUAAAUCAUCUAGACGUUGUUCUAGAUCGCCUGAAGUCUGAAGGCUUAAUAGCUAAAUUGAAGAAGUGUCAUUUCCUUCAAUCGUCCGUUGAGUUUCUAGGGUACCAAAUUAGUGCUGGUAAGAUUGAACCAUUACAAGGUAAAACUGAUGCCAUUUGUGCGUUUCCGACCCCAAGGUCCGUUAAGGAAGCACAACGUUUUUUAGGCAUGGUAAAUUAUUACAGAAGAUUUAUAAAAGGUUGCUCCAUUAUUGCACGCCCGAUUAAUACGUUUAUUUCCGGAGAAGCAACGUGGGGAGUAACACAAGAUAAAGCACUGAAGUCAUUAAAAAGAGCGUUACAGGAACAGCCCGUGUUGAUACCAUUUGACGUUACAGCUAGUUACAGAUUAACUACAGAUGCUUGUAAAUAUGGUGUUGGUGCUGUGUUAGAAGAACUGGACGAAAAUAAGAACCCAGUUGGUACCGUAUCCUAUUUCUCUAAAUCUCUACAAGGUGCUCAACAGAGAUACCCCGCCGGAGAACUAGAAUUAUUAGGAAUUAUUUCGGCACUAGAACAUUUUAAGUACUUGUUGCAUGGUAAACGAUUCGUGUUGAGAACCGAUCAUAUAAGUUUACUGUCGUUGAAAACAACAAAAGAACCAGGCACAAGAAUUGCCCGUUGGUUAGAUACAUUGUCCGAAUAUGAUUUCGAAUUACAGUAUGUUAAAGGUCAUGACAAUGUCGUUGCUGAUGCAAUAUCAAGAGCUCCGUAUGAAAUCAAUGUUAUUGAUGAGCUCGUAUCCAUUGAUCCGUGUGAAUGGAAGAAUGAUUAUGAGGAAGAUCCGUAUUGUGCUGCUCUGUUAGUAUCUCUGAAUCCAGAUGAGUAUCUUGGGAAGAUACGAGUUAGCAAAGCGGAUACAAGUUAUUUUAAUAAGAUCAUUAAACGCUAUAGAUUGUCAAAUGCGUUUCGAAAAAUGAUCCGUCUAGAGGAGGAUUUGUUGUAUUGGAAAGAUAGAUACAUAGUCCCUCGUAGUAAGGUACAGUUGGUGUUGAAUACCUACCAUGAUCAUGGUCUAUUUGGUGGACAUUUUGGUUAUAAUGUCACGUUGCAGAAAGUCACCGAAUCGUAUUAUUGGCCACGUCAAGAUCAUGAAGUUCAAAAGUAUGUCGCAAGUUGCCCGAAUUGUCAAGUGUUUAAGUUUCACCGUAAUAGACAAUAUGGUUUACUGAAACCGUUAGAGGUCCCUGAAGGAAGAUGGACAGAUAUAUCCAUUGAUUUUGUGUCCGGUUUACCACCGACAGUAAGUGGUAAAGACAUGAUACUGGUUGUAGUGGACCGUUUCAGUAAACGUGCUCACUUUGUUGCAUGUAAUAAAGAGUUAUCUCAAGAAUACACUAUUAAUUUGUUAUUUCAAUUUGUAUUUUGUUAUCACGGUUUCCCGAAGAGGAUCGUUAGUGAUAGAGAUGUUAGAUUUACUGGUAACGCAUACAGAGAACUUACAGAACGACUAGGUAUUAAACUGUGUAUGAGUUCUUCGAAUCACCCUGAGUCCGAUGGACAGAGUGAAAGAACUAUUAAAACAUUGACACAACUGUUACGAUCAUAUGCCGGGCUAGAGCAGGGCCGUUGGGAUGUAUUGUUACCCCAAGUAGAAUUUGUAUAUAAUUCUACAUAUCACUCUGCCGUCAAAGCCGCCCCGUUUUUAGUGGAUUUGGGCUAUGUACCAAAUGAACCGUUAUUAGAUAGUACCUCGUUAACAGCCGCAAGGAACUUCUCGGCUGUAGAUUUGAUCCAGUCGCUUAGAGCUAUCACGCUCCGUACAAAAGAUUUCCUCAAAGAAAACCAGGUCAACAUGGAAGUUGCCGUUAAUCCUGGGAGAAGGGAAGAGAAGUUCGCUGUAGGUGACUAUGUUCUGGUACAUAGAGACGCUUAUUUCACUGGAGGCCGUUACAUUAAAUUACAACCGAUAUUCUUAGGCCCGUUUAAGAUUGUUAAGGUAAUAAAUGAAAAUGCAUAUGAGGUCGACUUACCGAAGACUUCCAAAAAGCAUAGAGUGAUCAACGUAAGAUGGAUAAAGAAAUAUCAGUUCGACUCAGAAAGGUAUGUAAAGGAACUACCUCGUUCUGAAACUGAGUUAAGGAAUAGGCUCGAAAAUAUCUCUAGUGUAAUAGGUUUUGCACCGUCUGAAGGUAUAGUCUAUUGUAAAUUUGCCCACGUAGACCCUCGUCUGACUGCCGCUGUUCCGUUAAAAAUGUUUAAGUCGCUUCCACUGCUGAGACGCCGCUCUCUGAUAAAUAAUUUUGAACAGUUGUAUAAGCAGUCCGUAUCUGACGAGAGGGGGGAAGAUGUUAUAAGGUAA